CAAAAACAAAAAUUCAGACGAGAGAGACUUGAGACCUCAAAGGCUCACAAGACCACCCACCAAAUGCUGAAGGAGAGAAAAAUUCGCUUAAAAAAAGACAGAUUCUAUAUAAAUCAGAAAAGCUGGCUUUCUCAAAACUCCUUCAUGUAGUUGAGGAAGGAGGAGGAGAAGAAGAAAGGCAAAGGCUCUUAGCUGCAGAUACACAAGAGCCCUUUGUCGUAACGACCAUGAACGCCACCGAAGCUAUGAAUCGCAAAGUUAAUGUCAGAGGAGACGAUGUUGAUAUCGAAAUCCCUGACACUGCUCAUCAAAUUAGCAGCGAUUCAUGGUUUCAGGUGGCGUUCGUUCUGACAACCGGUAUAAACAGCGCGUAUGUGUUGGGAUAUUCAGGAACAGUAAUGGUUCCUUUAGGUUGGGUUGGUGGUGUGGUUGGUCUUCUUCUCGCUACUGUAAUCUCUCUCUAUGCAAAUACUCUCGUAGCCAAGCUUCAUGAGUUUGGUGGCAAGAGACACAUUCGUUAUAGAGACCUUGCUGGAUUCAUUUACGGUAGAAAGGCUUAUCACCUUACAUGGGGAUUGCAGUAUGUUAAUCUUUUCAUGAUUAACUGUGGAUUUGUCAUACUAGCUGGCUCUGCCCUGAAGGCUGUUUAUGUGCUUUUCAGGGAUGAUCAUACUAUCAAGUUACCUCACUGUAUAGCCAUUGCUGGUCUGAUAUGUGCGGUUUUCGCUAUUGGAAUCCCUCAUUUAUCUGCUCUUGGGGUCUGGCUUGCAGUUUCAACCAUCCUCAGUCUCAUCUACAUAGUAGUAGCAAUUGUCCUAUCAGUUAGAGACGGAGUGAAAGCACCUGCAAGAGAUUACGAGAUACAAGGAUCAUCACUAAGCAAACUUUUUACCAUCACAGGAGCAGCUGCAAACCUGGUCUUCGCAUUCAACACAGGGAUGCUUCCAGAGAUUCAAGCGACAGUGAGACAACCGGUUGUGAAAAACAUGAUGAAGGCUCUAUACUUUCAGUUCACAGCUGGUGUUUUACCAAUGUACGCGGUUACAUUCAUCGGAUACUGGGCUUACGGAUCCUCAACCUCCACCUAUUUGUUAAACAGUGUUAACGGCCCACUAUGGGUCAAAGCCCUUGCUAACGUUUCAGCUAUACUUCAGUCUGUUAUCUCUUUGCAUAUAUUUGCGAGUCCAACAUAUGAGUACAUGGACACAAGGUUCGGGAUCAAAGGACAUCCACUGGCUUUAAGGAACUUGCUGUUCAGGAUCAUGGCGAGAGGCGGGUACAUCGCGGUGAGCACGCUUAUCUCGGCGCUCUUGCCGUUCCUUGGGGACUUCAUGAGUCUCACUGGUGCAGUGAGCACAUUCCCUCUUACGUUUAUUCUAGCUAACCACAUGUACUACAAGGCUAAGAACAAUAAGCUUAGGCCUUUGCAAAAGCUAUGGCAUUGGCUUAACGUUGUCUUCUUCAGUUUGAUGUCUGUUGCUGCCGCCAUUGCAGCUCUCAGGCUCAUUGCACUUGACUCUAAGAACUUCCACGUUUUUGCAGAUUUGUAAUUCAUUAUAGUAAAAUUGUAUUAUUCAUUAUUGUACUUGUUAGGCAAGGUUUCUGUCUAUUUAUAAAUUAUAACCAAUCAGAACCUAAAUGAAACAAAAGGUUAUACAAAGUACUAAAGCUUACCAUCAAGGAACCUCGCCCUUGCUUCGUGCUCUCAUGGAUCCCCGAAAGCCUCUCAACCGCAGGGGAGUCGGCAUUCUCCGAGAUAUCUUAGGAUUACUUCAGUGGUUCGGACAGUUACGAUGCGAAGAUGAGGUUGCUGAUCGAAUUGUUUCCCGUUGUGUUGCCGGAGUUGAAAGAUACAAGCGAAAGGAGCUCAAUGGGUAAGCAUUGAUAUUGGUGGGUAGGUUGAGAAACCGGAAUUGGGGAAGCUUUGCAACCUGGUGGUUCCUUGUGCUUUGACCAUUGGUCUCCACAAGUCAAAGGGGAGGGUUUGAUAAGUUUCAUUCAUCUACUUAAAAAUGUGAGUUCAGGUGGUGAUCUUGGUUUGUAUGGAGACGUGGUUCUUGAUGCUUGCUGCCUGAAUAUAGCUUCAGAUGAUGAGAUAUGCAUGGAUACAUGUGGUGGAGUUAUCUGUGCUUCUUGUUACUAAACUCCAUCCAAAUAAUCCCAGAACAGUACAUG